AUGAUCGAUGAGAAUUUGAGUCGUUACACCGGGCAUUCUGAAGAUGCACCAGUUUCAAAGUUCAGGAUCCUGGGCUGCAAGAAUGAAUAUGGAGUUGGUAUAAUUUCCAUAGGUCUUCUUGAUUAUGAACUUAGCCUCUCCAUUAUUUCAAAUAACAUCAUAUUGGUUUCACUUUUCUUAUUGAUAUGCUCGUCCAUUAUGGUCAGCAUGGAUAUGAUCUCAUUGUUCAAGACCAUAACUAGUAUUUCUUCGGAUGCACCUCCUAAAUAUUGGACCAUUGAAGAUGUUCGGAAAAUCCUUAUUUGUGGGUUGAUAGCAGAAGGUUGGGGUAGGCUCUGA